ACCAAGCAGACGACCCUGAUGAUGAAAUCAUCAGUUGAGCAACCUUUGUAAGCGAAUUUCAGAUCAGUUUUUUAAUGAUUUCGGAUAAAAGUUAGUAAUAUAACACAUAAAAGUUGGAAUGCUCAUUCUGAGCGCAUCCCGAUUCAUUCGAGGCGUCCAAGCCACAUCCAAUGGAUUUCCCUGUAUUCAACAUGCAGUUGGACAAAAUCUACGGUUUCACCUCUUCUACAGCAGUGCUGCUCAUAGGGCAGCCUUCUCCCUCAGUGAAAAUAAGAAUUCUCUGUAUGUCAAGUCAGAGUUCUUGACUGUGCAUUGCCGUAGCCUACAAACAACAAGUUUCCGGUCUGAUAAUGACCCACUCAAACCUUCUUCAAAAGUAGAAGAAUCAGUUCUGGCCUUCAAAGAAGAUCUGAAAAAAGAGCAAAAGAAAUUGGCUGCCAUUCAGCCAUCUGUAACACCUGUAGUUGCCAAACCAUCUCUAGGAAAAAGGAUUAUGGAUGAGCUCAAACACUAUUAUCAUGGUUUUCGUCUUUUGUUUAUAGAUAUCAAAAUUUCAUGGAAUCUUCUUUGGCGUGUGUUGAAAGGGGAAAUGUUGUCCAGGAGAGAGAAAAAACAACUGGUUAAGACUUCAGCUGAUGUCUUUCGUCUGGUGCCAUUCUCUGUCUUCAUCAUAGUUCCCUUCAUGGAAUUUACCCUUCCUAUCUUUUUGAAGCUGUUUCCCAACAUGCUACCAUCUACGUUCCAAACAGCCAAUGAAAAAGAAGCUAAAAUGAAAACAGAGUUAAAGGUUAAACUAGAAAUGGCAAAAUUUUUACAACAAACAUUGGAUGAAAUGGCUUUGAAACGUGCCAUUGGCAGUGGCCAUCAGAGUUAUACGGCAAAAGAAUUUGCAGAAUUCUGUUCCAAACUACGCAGCUCAGGCCAGCAGGCUUCCAAUGAAGAAAUUCUUCGUUUCUCAAAACUAUUCGAAGACGAGAUAACCCUGGAUUCGCUGACACGGCCACAAUUGAGAGCAUUGUGUCGAGUACUAGAGCUUAGUACAAUUGGUCCUAACAGCUUACUCCGUUUUCAGCUAAGGAUGGGGCUUCGAAGCCUGGCCGCCGACGACAAGGUGAUUCAGAAAGAAGGGGUUGAUUCUCUGACUGUCAGCGAAAUGCAAGCUGCCUGUCGAGCACGUGGCAUGAGAGCAUUAGGAGUAAGCGAAAUUCGUCUCAAAUCCCAAUUGCUCCAGUGGCUCGAUCUAAGUCUGAAUGAAAAAGUUCCACCAUCACUUUUGCUCCUCUCCCGCGCCCUCUACUUACCCGACAGUGAUGUUACAUCUGAUCAGCUGAAAGCAACCAUCGCCUCUCUGCCAGAGUCCGUGGUGGCCCAAACGCGUGAUGCUAUCAGCCAACGCCGAGGUAAAAUCGACAAUGAGGCUCGUAUUCUGGCAGUGAAAUUAGAAGAAGCGAUGAUCGAGGAAGAACGUAAAGAAACCGCCGAAAAAGCGCCUCCAGCCGCUGCUGUCCUGACACCGUCCUCUGCCUCUGAAAUGCUCGCGGAUUUGGCACCCGCCAUUCAAGAUAAAGCAAAGGUGCUGACACCAGCGUCAGCUACCGAUGACCAGUUAACUUCGGCUGAUGUCGCUGCUUUGGAGAAUGCUUUGGAAAGUAUCGGUGUUCAACGCAAACGGCUCUUGAUUGAAAAGGAAGAAUUGACCGAGCUCAAAGAAGAAAUGGCCGAAUAUCAAGAAGACAUUCAAGAGUUAAAAGAGUUCCUUGACUCUUCGGCUAGCCAACAGCCUCAAGAAAGAAAACGAUUGGUUUUACGUGAAUCAAAGGGAGCCCGACGUCUGUUUCUUUCGGUCAAUCGCAUGAUUCAGAAACUUGAUGGCACCGUCGAUCGCUUAGAAGGAAGAGCAGUACGCAAGCCGGAUGAAGGUGAAGAAAAAGUGGUUGACGCUGAAGAAGAAAAUGUCUCCAUAGAAGAAUUAAUUGCAUCUAUUCGUCGACUCCAAUCGGUUGAAAACUCGGCUAAACUUCAACAAAUUGUACAGCUGCUUGGUCAGAUUGAUCAGGAUUGCGAUGGAGUUGUCAAAGUCGAUGAUCUCAUGAAGGUGAUCGAAUUACUAAGUGAUGAAAAGAUUCAGAUGAGCUCCAAGCAGAUGACAGAAAUUCUGAAUUUGGUCAACAAAGAAGAAAUCUUGGAAAUGGAAGGAAAAGUCGAGAAGGCUCUUGGGCAAGCCAAAAUAGCUGCAGCUCACGCGGCAGCCGCUGCAGUGAACGUCGCACUUAGGGCAAACCCAACACAAACAAUAUCUGCCGAAAAACUUUCUAUGGAAGAAGACUUGAAAAGUCGUGAAAAGAAGGAAGAAGAAAAUAAAGGCACGAAGAAAGAGUAAAAGGGUGGCAUAACAGCAAACGUUUUUCCAAAUCUUGUACAGGCCCAAAUUUGAUGGAUUAGUUAAUCCCAUUCAGAUGUCACUCGAGGAUUUUAAGUGCCGACCAGGUGUAACUAAAAAAGCGCAUUCUAUAAGCAACAGUUUUAACAUUUCUGGUUAUGUAUGUUUUUUUUUUGGUUUUUUUUCUCUUUUUUUUUUUUUUCCUUUUUUUUUUUUUUGUUGUUACUAAUAGAUCAUUUUACGUCAACAAUUUGCUUUCGCCUCGCUUUGAAAAGACAAAUGGGGCAGUAACUGAAUAGAACCUUUCCGCCGAUGGUUUGGAAUAGAAAUUCGGACGUCAGUGACUGGACUUCUAUUACCUACAGAUAACCAUAAAGGCGUUCAAAUGAGAUCAUAUACUGCCCCAAAUGUUUUCAACAUCAUUAUGUUCAUUCAGCUUUAGAUGAGAACGUUUUGAAUGGGAAUUAGUAAUUCUUAGCGCUUUCAACUGCUGUUGGCACUUUUGUUAUUUAGUGACAUCUACCGAGAACAACAACUAAUGUCAGUUGAAGGAUCUGCGAAAAAAUUGACGUUUGCGAACUUCUUUUUAUUUUUCUCGUCUCUUUCAUUAGCUCUUUGUUAAAAUUAAUAAAGUGACAGGAAAAAAAAAAUUCUUUGAAAGUUAGCCGGCUAGCGUUAAGUCGUGACUGACUGGCGUCAUACAUUUUAGCUAAAUUUCAAUUGUUUAUUUGAUUGACAUGGUUAUGUCAGUGUCAGGGAAAUGCCACAUAGUUUUCUUUUUUUGUAAAUUUUUUAUUACCAACUGAUUUAUGUAAAAAAAUAAAAUAAAAAAAAAAAAAUAGUCGCGUAGUACAGGAUCGCUAUCACAGGCGUCUUGGUGCGGCAUUUGUCCCUAUUUCCCGUUCCUCUGUUUGUUUGUGUUAUGUCACGUGCAAUUCUUCACGAGUCGCACCGUGUUAAAGAAAAAAAAAAUCAUUCUUCUGUCUAAAUUGUUGUCUCGUGAUUUUAUGGUUUCAUCCGUAUCAGUGGUGUUGAGUAACGUCACCAUUAGUGAGCAUAAAAGCCAUAUGGAAAAUAAAAUGAAUAGACAUUGAA